AUGGCGGACGUCGAGAUGGCAGACGUCGCGACUCCUGCGUCAGGCUCCACGUCUGACAACGACUCCUCUGACGACGAGGGAGUCGAACUGCUCGUGACCGGUCGCGAGCGGCGAAAGACCGCAGGCAAUCGGUAUCAGCGCGAACUGGUGCAAGAGGAGGCCGAGAAUGCCGACGAAGAGGAUGAGGUCGCACUACUCUUCGCCGGCGAGGAAGAUGAGGUGGACGAAGAGUUUAAGAGUGAGGCAUCGGACGAGGACGCCAUGUCGAGUUCCGACGAUGACGAUCAGGGCCCAAAUGCUGGCGCGGACGAGAUGGACGGCGAGAAAGAACUGCAGAAGGCUGCAAAGGCCGAGAGGGCUACAAAGCGGAAGGCCAAAGAUGCCCUCACAUCGACUGCAGCUCUACGAAAACGACCAAGGAUCGAUCCGACUGCCCCAAAGUCUGCACCGAAGAAGCCAUCCAAGAAGAAAGAGCGAGUCACAUGGCUGCCAGAUCUGAACAACACUGGUGGACGCACCUCACUACGGAAGCAGACUAUCCAACACCGAGCAACAACCAUAGCACGGUUGAAGCAGAGCGAGGCUCAGAGCAAGAUCACCAAGAAGAUUCGCGAGGAACGUGAUCGGGAGCGAGCACUGAACGCGCCCAAGGCCAUGACGCAGGCCGACAGACUCGCUGAAGCUGAGCGGACUGAGCGCAGGAACGCCAAGAGUCUCAACCGAUGGGAGGCGACGGAGAAGAAGCGGAACGAGGAACAGGCUGCGAAGCUGGCGGCGUUGAAAAAUCGGAAGCUGGAAGGCCCCGUGAUUAGCUGGAGGAGUGCAAAGUCCAAGUACAGGCCGCCCAAACAGGCGCCCUCGCUGCCUUCCUUUGACAUAUACACCGAGGACGGACUGAAAAAGAGGGGUAGGAAAACUAAGGAGCAGCAUGCGGAAAUGGCAAGAGUCCGGGAGAUGCAGUUGCAGGGAGUUGGUGGUGAAGGGCAAGGUACGAGCAUGACGCCUCAAGUUCCCUUCACAGCGCCGCCGGGCACUUAUCCUGCUGCUUCGCCGGUGCCGCCGGCGCUUCCGUUGCCUACGCAGGGCAUACCUCAGGAAUGGCUCGGGCCGCCACCACCCAGGCCAGGGUCUUCAGGUAUGAUGCUGCCUCCAACUCGACAGCCGUCAGCCAGCGUCGCUCAGAGCCCUUCCCAACCGACGGAGAUCGCUGCCGCUGUCGAUAUGCACAAUUCGACAGGCACUACACACCAAUCCACCCCUACGAACGAUGCCUCUUUCCUGCAUGGAAUCUUUGACUAUGCGAACCAGGAAGGGGAUCCAGAGGGAAGCAAGUCUACCACAGCCGAUGCAACAACUCCAAUGAAGCCAGUAUCAGCCCUGGGGGAAGAGCAGCAGUCUACCGCAACGGCGCCAGCGCCAUCCUCGGAGCUCAACACAUCGUCUGCACAGGUGGCUAAUGCCGAGCACGCCGAGACUAAGCAGCCAGUACCUCCCGCGACAGCGCCAUCUGCAACAACACCUGCCGAUGCAGAAGCACCGAGUGCGCCAGGUCAAGAUGCAAUGAACGGGGUCCAAGUAGCCCAGCCUCAGUUAUCGGCUGCCACUCCGAUACAGCCAGUCCCAAACGCAAUAACACCACCUUCAUUCCCACAGCAGGCCCCCCGACCAUCAAUCGAGAUCCUCCCCAGCAUACCCACACCGACCACCCAACCCUCCCAAACACCGUCCGUCCCGCCAACCCCAGCCUCACCCUCCCACCCAACCGAAGAAAUAUUCACAACCCGCAACCUCCUAACCCUCAACUCCUUCGACACCCUCCCCUCCACCCUCCAAACCAAGUAUUCCGUAUUCUUCAACACCAGGAAGAACACCACCAAACCCACUCGCCACAAAGCUGAGAUCUGCCCCAUCACGAUGCUGCCGGCCAAGUACCGGGAUCCGGCCACAGGCAUCGGGUAUACGAAUAUGCAUGCGUAUCGGGUGUUGAAAGAGCUGGGGGAGAAGAAGUUUGUGUGGAGUGGAAUGUUGGGGUGUUAUGUGGGGAGGGAGGGUGGCACGAUUGCGAGGGGGUGUGUUGAGGGGUUUAGAGGUUGA